GGGAGCAGUAUAUAAAAGGGGGUAUUCCACGCGUCGGAAGGACACCAUCUCUCCGGCACAGUUCAAUCAAGCAUCCUAUUCAACAGCUAGCCCAUCGAGACCUCAAAAUAUCCGUCCUCUUUACUCACUGCUCGCUCUCAAAACUUUCCGGAAAUCGAUACCAUGAAGUCCGUCACAGCCCUCGUCCUCGUUAUUGGCGCUGCCAUUGCAUCCGCUAGCCCUGAGGCCAACAUCUGCGCCAACGAAGGCGGUCUAUACAACAUAACCCAGCUUCCCGAAGGGGCCACCUACCACCGCAAGUGCGCAGCGCAUCCAUUGGGUGAGCCCUCUGCAAUCACGAAUCUUCACAAAAGAGCUUGUGCCGCCCGGCGAUAUGGGUGCGAAAAGGGGUACUGUUGGAAGAAAUGUAGUACUCGUGACGGGCCGUGGUGUCGGCAGGCCUUCGAGUAUGGAGUCGGCGAUUGGGUGAGGUGUGGAGGGGAUUCGGAUUGUGUGCCUGAGAAUCUUGCGCGGGCUGAUUGUGGCAUUUGCGACGAGCCUAGCUGCGGUUGCAGCUGCUAAUCCAGCCGGGACCUAGGUCAAAAAUAAUUGGGAAGUUAGCAGUGCAUUUCUAGGAGAAAAUAGGCGAGCCAUAUAGAUAGAGUGCUAGACAAGCAUUGACUAGUAUCUAAUACUCGCCAUUGGGCCAAAGCUUGACGUGAAGCGUCGUAUGCGGCGACCGAAGAUAUACAAUAGUAGAGAUAGAGAUAGGAUGGCGUACGCCACGCCUACUAGCUCGCCAUAUGCCUGUCGGAUGCCCUGGCUCUGAAGCCAAGCCGUAAUGUACGUCGAAAUCAAGCAAGCGAUCACGUUCCGGAUUACGAAGACUAUGACAAUAAUCUCCCCGGCAAU